UUAUGUCCUAAAUUAUUCGAACACAAUUAAAUAAACAAGCUCGAACUUUUGCUCGAAAAAUGAACGAACCAACGAAAACGAACACGAGCUCGAAACACCCAAGCUUGGCUCGUUCGGUUCGAUUACAGCACUACCAGUCAUACAAUGAACAUAAAUUUAUUUGCUUUUCCUAAUGAGCUAACACAAGAUAGUCUUUACACAUAUAUAUUUAUAAAUAGGUCGAUGACAAAUACCAGUACUCGUGCGACAACAAAGAUCAAAAGGUCCACGGGUGGAUCUCCAUGGACCCGCCAGUCGGGUUCUGGAUGGUCAUACCAAGCGACGAGUUCCGAACGGGUGGGCCCUUCAAGCAGAACCUCACGUCCCAUGUGGGGCCCACAACGCUCUCCGUGUUUAUCAGUGCACACUACACGGGUGAUGAGUUGGUCCCUAAAUUCGGACAGGGAGAGGCGUGGACGAAAGUUUUCGGCCCGGUUUUCAUCUAUCUUAAUUCUGUGAUGGAUGGAGAUAAUCCACUGACUCUUUGGGAUGACGCUAAACGACAGGAUUACCAAUUCUGGACAAGAGCAGAUGAGAUGGGUUAUUUUGCCAUCAAUUAUGUGCGCACGGGUGACUACAAUCUUUACGCAUUCGUCCCUGGCUUCAUAGGUGACUACAGAUACGAUGACAUCAUCACCAUAACCCCAGGAUGUGAGAUUGAAAUGGGCGAGAUAGUGUACGAGCCUCUGAGAGAUGGCCCCACAGUUUGGGAAAUAGGUAUACCUGACCGUACAGCUGCAGAGUAUUAUGUUCCUGAUCCUGACCCUAAAUAUGUUAACAAACUCUAUGUCAAUCACCCGGACAGGUUCAGACAGUACGGGCUGUGGGAAAGAUACUCUGAGUUAUAUCCCACUCAAGACUUGGUUUACACUGUUGGCCAGAGUGACUACACAAAGGACUGGUUUUUCGCCCAGGUUACCAGGAAAAAGGACAACAACACGUACCAAGGAACAACUUGGCAAAUCAAAUUUGCGCUCGACACUGUCGAUCAAAACGGGACUUAUAAACUGCGGGUGGCGCUUGCUUCUGCAUCUUUAGCUGAACUUCAGGUUCGAGUCAAUAAUCCGAGCACAAACCGACCAUUGUUCUCGAGUGGGCUGAUCGGGAGAGAUAACUCGAUUGCAAGGCACGGGAUUCAUGGACUGUACUGGCUGUACAAUAUAGACAUUGGAGGUGGAAUGCUUGUCCAAGGGGAAAAUACUAUAUACUUGACACAACCCAGAAGCCAAAGUCCUUUCCAGGCCAUUAUGUAUGAUUAUAUCCGGCUUGAAGCUCCAUCCUAAUAGACGAUAUACUCACUUUUUUGUAUCCUUUUUGUAUUGUGUUGUUGAACAAUAAAACACAGAUAUUUUAUCAGUAACCCUCCCUAUCUCUAUCUCUAUCUCUAUCUCUAUCUCUAUCUCUCUCCAUUGGCUGCAAUCGAGACUCUUUUCGCUAAUUGGUUUGUUGAGUUCCAAGUUCCAGAAUGCCGGCGGCUCAACCCAUCCCUCGAUUUUCCGACAUUUUGUCUGGAGAGUUCUGUUUGCCACCGGAGAAAUUGAUCGUGUAAUCACAUUCUCAUAAUCCAGGCGCGUCUAUUUCUAGCUUUCACGGCGAUUUUUGGCCGGAGCAGGCCGAAUAGUGGCCAGUCUGUGUGUUGACCUUUUUCCCAACCAUUAUUUAUUUUAUUUUACUUUUUU